UGCAUAAUGUGCACCGAUCUUCUCCCGGAAAAUGUAAACGAAUUUUUGGACGAUGUCGAGACCGGACUUUGUUUACCAAUACUUUUGCUCAUUGUUUUGUGCACUCUCCAAUUUAUUAUCAAUCAUAUAUUGGACAUCGCGUGUACUGUGGUCACAUUAGUAUCAUCAUCGUCUUCAUCCUCCUCGUCGUGUGAGAAAGAUCCGUCAUCAGGAACUAUCGACCCGUUAAUGGAUUUCAAUCAGUUGCCUCAAAAGCUCAAAGGAAUGCUAUCGAAUAUCGGAACACGACUCGCCGGUGUGGCCUGGAGUAACAAAUCUCGUCGUAAAGAAUUAUUAUAGACGCCCAAGAACACCGGAACGUCUACAUUAUUCCAAUGCUCUUUGGAAGGAGAAAGAGAAAUUCUGUUUUUCUUCUUUUUUUUCCCAUCUUAAAUUACUCCGUUACAUUAAUUUGUAAAUACAUGUAACUCGCUUUUGUCUGUUAUUUUUAAAUAUAAUACGCGAAUAAUUCAAUUCUUCUAGAUAACAAAGUA